AUGUCGUCCAGUGCUUUGACAAAACCUCAGAUGGGUGGCCUGGCCAAGCGUCUGAUUUCAAUUGUUGGAGCCAUCUGUAUAUCACCAGGGGUUGCAGCUUUCUAUAAUUUUGCUGUGGUUGAACCAAGAAAGAAGGCAUACAUUGAUUUCUACAGAAAUUUUGAUUCCAUGAAAAAUUUUGAGGAGAUGAGGAAGGCUGGUAUCAUUCAGAGUGCAAAGUGAUCUUGGAAUGUAAAGAAUU